UUUCUUUAGAAGUGUAUAUAUACAUACCUGUCUACUAAAGAAAAAUGCAAAAAGUCAAUCGAACAUUAAAGAAAUUUAUUUGCUUGUGUGAUAAAUUAACUUCACACAUAAAUUAAAAUUCUAGAUUAGUGUUUUUUUAACUUAUUGAAAUAUACGGCGUUAGUUUAAUGCUAACAACUGAGCCGUGGAGAAUGCCCAUACAUAUGUAUGUGUGUAUGUACAGUAUUGUAGGUCCGUGAUUGUGUGCUGGAGAUCAUUUGUGGAAAAUGAAAUACAUAUGUAUUAUAGAAAGUGCUUUUAAUAAAAACGUGAUGCAAUUGAAGCAUUUGCAACGAUUUGAGGACCGCAGCAUAAAAAAGGAUAGUUAUGAUACUUCUUCCAAAACACAAAAUGGCUUCCACACAAAUCCAUACUGAUGUAAUACGACAUAAGCUGCCAAUUUUCCAUUUAAUUUGUUCAAUAGCGAUUGCAAUUACGAACAACUUAAAUAACACCAAAGCAGAUCAAGUUAUUUUGUUGGAUACAACGAGAGAAGCCACAUUGGAAUGGACCAGAUACCCGUAUGGGCCUCAAGCGCAAACUCCAGGAUGGGUGGAAGAGUCGUUUACAGACUUCGUCAAAGGCAUUAAUUGGCGUAGCUAUGUGGUAUGCGAUGUUGCCUACCACAAUGUUAAUAAUUGGCUAUGGUCGCCAUUUAUUGACCGUGGACCCGCGAAUCGUCUUUACAUCGAAAUUCAAUUUACAAUUCGAGAUUGUUCACUCUUUCCAGGAAAUGCUUUGUCGUGCAAGGAAACGUUUAGUUUGUUAUUCUACGAAUUUGAUGCAGCUACCCGAGAGCCGCCUCCGUGGCAAACGGACAGUUACAAAUUAAUUGCUCGUAUUGCAGCUGGUGAAGGCCGAUUUAAUCAAAACUCUGAUGUAGAUAUUAAUACGGAAGUGAAAAGUAUAGCUGUCAACAAAAAAGGCGUUUAUUUUGCAUUUCGUGAUCAGGGAGCUUGCAUCAGUGUACUUGCUGUUAAAGUAUAUUAUAUAACCUGUCCGGCGGUUACCGAAAAUUUCGCUCACUUUAAUGAGACGCCUACGGGUCGUGAAAUUACCAUAAUUGAGAAACAAAACGGAACAUGCGUUGAAAACUCUGAGCCAUAUGAAACCCCGACAUACCUUUGUAAGGGUGACGGCAAGUGGACCAUUCUAACUGGCGGAUGUCGUUGUAAGGUGGGCUUUGAGCCUAAUGAAAUCAACAACACUUGCACUGAAUGCCCAGCUGGUAUGUUUAGAUCGGCUGAAGUGCGUAAGUGUGUGCCUUGCCCCCCAAAUUCGAAUAGCUCCAAAGCGGGCUCACCGUUGUGCAAAUGCAAAUCCGGAUACUAUAGACAUCCAAUUGAUGGAGGUUACAUGCCCUGCUAUAAACCACCCGGCCCUCCCACGAAUUUAACGCUGUUAUUUAUUGAUCAAACUAGCGCUAUCAUUUCAUGGAGUGCUCCCGCAAAAGAUUUAGAUUUUAUGGCAAACGGAAUGGAUAAAUUUCGCAGUGAAAUUUUAUACAAAAUACGUUGCACAAUGUGCAGCUCGAAUGUAAUGUUCAAUCCGUCAACGGAUACGUUUAAUGAAACAAAAGUAACGCUUACGAAUUUGGAUCCAGUUACUACAUAUACGGUGCAAAUUCAUGCAGCAAAUGGAAUUUCGCAUAUAGUUGAAAGCGCUAUCUUCGGCAAUGAAACAUUUUUUAAUAGUGAAAGUCAAUUUAACAAUGCUUCUUCAGCAUUUGCAAGUAUUAAUAUUCAUCAAUUUGAUCUAAACGAAAUCAAAACCAAUUAUUCUGAAAUUAUGUUUACUACGGAGUCUGUAAUGUUUUCAACCGUAUUUAAUUUACGUGUCGUCGCUAUUACAAAUAAUGAUGUCGAUCUUGUUUGGGAAAAACCCGUUCAGAGUGACACACCAAUUGAGUUGUAUGAAGUUCGCUGGUUUCCAAAAUCCGAUAUGGAUUUGAUCAAUAAAACUGCAUUGAACACGAAGGACACCAAAGUCCAUAUAGAUGGAUUAAUCGAUAAUACCGAAUAUGGAUUUCAAGUGCGCUGUAAAACAAAUAAUGGUUUUGGUUCAUACAGCAAUAUGGUGUAUGCUCAAACGCAUCUUUCAGUUGAAUCAGUUUACGAGGACACUAUGCAAAUACGAUUUAUUGCUGGUGCAAUUGUCACGGGUGUUUUCUUCUUGGUGGUUAUUAUUGUGGCGACGGUUUAUUUUAUGCGUUCCAAACAUCAAGAUGAACUUGACAAAAAGUCCACAAAUCAUCUGCCAUUGCCAAUAGACUACACUAGUAAUGAAGUACAUGCUAUGGAUACAACUCCAAUUGUUAAGACUCUACAUUCGAAUGUGACGACUCCUUUGUUUGGCAAUAGUCGCAGCUAUGUAGAUCCCCAUACAUACGAAGAUCCAAAUCAAGCAAUUCGGGAAUUUGCACGUGAAAUCGAUGCAAACUACAUUACAAUUGAAGCAAUUAUUGGUGGCGGCGAGUUUGGGGAUGUGUGUCGGGGACGUCUUAAAAUUCCUCCCAACUUUGUACAGGACAUUGAUGUUGCAAUUAAGACUUUAAAACCAGGCUCAUCGGAAAAAGCACGUUGUGACUUUUUGACAGAGGCUUCAAUUAUGGGGCAGUUCGAUCAUCCAAACGUAAUAUACCUUCAAGGUGUUGUCACACGCUCCAAUCCCGUUAUGAUUAUCACAGAAUAUAUGGAAAAUGGCAGUUUGGAUACUUUCCUUCGUGUUAAUGAUGGCAAAUUUCAAACUUUACAAUUGAUAGUGAUGCUGCGUGGUAUCUCAAGUGGCAUGUCGUAUCUGAGUGAUAUGAAUUAUGUACAUCGGGACUUAGCAGCACGCAACGUUCUAGUCGAUGCCCAACUCAUUUGCAAAAUUGCCGAUUUCGGAUUGUCUCGUGAAAUUGAAAAUGCCAGUGAUGCUUAUACAACUCGAGGUGGAAAAAUUCCUGUUCGAUGGACUGCACCGGAAGCUAUUGCGUUUCGUAAAUUUACAUCUGCAUCAGAUGUUUGGUCAUAUGGAGUUGUUUUAUGGGAAGUGAUGUCUUAUGGUGAACGCCCUUAUUGGAAUUGGUCAAAUCAGGAUGUUAUCAAAAGCAUUGAGAAGGGCUAUCGCUUGCCUGCCCCUAUGGAUUGUCCAGAAGCUCUAUACCAGCUAAUGUUGGAUUGCUGGCAAAAACAGAGAACACAUAGACCAACAUUUGCAAGCAUUGUAUCAACCUUAGAUAAUUUAGCAAGACAACCACAGUCUCUGCUAACCACAAGAAGUUCACCAGAGAAUGAUUCAACACAGCAUAUUCUGGAUACACAACGUGGUCAUAACAUUUUUAUUAGCACCGAUUUAUGGCUAGAGAAUAUCAAAAUGUCUAGAUAUUGUCAACACUUCAAAGAGGCUAAUUUAGUGAGUGCUCAACAGAUCUCAAGAUUAACAGCUCAACAGUUAUCCGAUAUGGGUAUAACUUUAGUUGGACAUCAAAAGAAGAUUUUACAUCAAGCUCGUCAGCUUGACACAAUAAUAUAAUAGCCGAUUAGGUUUAAGAUGUACAGACAUGAAAACCCAUAUAAUCAAUACGUACCAUUAAGUUGUUUCACACUCAAGAAUAAGAUAAACACCCUUUGAAUUAAGUAACAUUUGUAGUCUAUUAACUGUAAGUAUUUCUGAUAUAUACAAUAUAUAAUACUUAACCACAAUAUAAAUUAAGAAUAUAUAGGCUUUUCUUAUUUUAUAAAAAAUGUUAGUUUCGUAAUUGAUUUAUUUUAAAUUCAGUGUAUAAGUUCAACUCAUUCAAAUAUUAUUGUUCAACACAAUGUGAAGCUUUUAAAUUUUACUGUAUGAAAUUGAGUUAAGGUUUAAAUUAGACGAACGAAUGACGAUAUUUAAAAUACAUUUGUCGCUUUGGCAAUAGUACAACAGUA